UCUCCUCUCUAAUUUGCGAAAACCCACCCGUCUCCUCCCCCAUUCGCGAAAGACUCUCGGCUCUCUAUUCGCAAUCCCUUGCCCUAUCACCCCCUCGCCCCCUCUCCCGUCCUCUCUGCUUCGCAUGACACCCCAGAGGCGAAAUCCCCCUCCUCUUCUCUCGUCUCUCUUGCCCGAAGAAGCCCGAGGCGGAACCCUUAGGCGAAGCCGUCUCCCUCUCUGCUGCGAUUUGGUUGGCCAAAGACAACAAUAAGUGGGUUAUUGCAAUGAUUUCCUAUGCUUAAAAUGGCAAGGUUAGUCUUCGUUGCCUCUUUCCUUAAAUAUUUAAUGCUUGAGGAUCUAGGUUUCAGAUUAAAAAACAAAUAGAAGAAAAAAAAAAAAAUCUGAGAGGUUUCUUGAUAAGUUUUUAUAAUCUGCAUAUGAAAAUAAUAUCUAGAAGCACAUUGGUGUUGGCAUUUUAUUUGAAUGAAUAAAUCUUCGAUUGGUUUAUGUUAUAAAAAAAUGAUAAAUGAGGAGUUGUAGUUUUAUUCUUGUGAUCGAGGAGAUAUUUUCUUUUUUAUUCUUCUCGCCAAUGGUUGCAUCUAAUUUUUUAUUUUGAUAUAACUCUAUUGUAGAGUUCUGUUUGGAAUUGAAAGAGAAAGAAGGAAUGAAAUCCAUCUUGUGUUUUAAUUGAAAAUAGGAGAUGUGAUGGGAUGCAUAUUUUAAAAUCUAGAUAUUUAAAUGAAAAUUUAUGAUGUAAGAAAACCAUAUUUCUUUUUAUUUUUUUAAUGAUAGCAAUGGUUAUAUCGAAGUGGUUGUAUGCACAAACAUGAUUCAAUAGUUUGCAUAUUUGCGAUGGUCAAGGGUUUGAGAAAUUAUUCGAGGGAUUAUAUACGUAAUUGAAUUAUAAAAUCACUACAUGCCAUGCUAGAGUUUAUAGUCACGUUGAAAGGAUAUGGAUGCUUGAAAGAAGUAAUAUUUGUGUCUAUUUUCAUUGCUUAUUUAGCAUUCGACACAUAUGCAUUGAGUGGAAAUUAUCAUUAGAUAAGCAUUCUUGUUAUUGAUAAAAGCUUUAUAGUUUAUUUUUGGUGGCUACAAAUUGAAAUCAAUAUAGGUUUCAAGUUACUGCAAAUAGAGUUUUAAAAUUCAUUGUAUGCAUUCAUGUAUUGAAUAUUUUAAAGUAAUAUGUGACGUUCAAAAGUUUAUUUGUCUUUGAAAGAAUUAUAUUUAUGAGAGAUUUUGAAAGAUGCUACAAGGUAUUCUAAAAAAUUCAAGUCAAUAGUUUUGCUUAUGGAGAAUUUUGUUUGUUAAAAGUAAGCGUUAUUGUUGUAUGUUUCAUCCUAUGAAAUAUUUUCAUUCACUAAUAAUCGGCUUGAUUUCAUGCAUUUUUGAUGGUAUUAAAGGUAUCUUGAUGAUUGGAUAAAUUCUUAUUUUUUGUUGAGCUUUAAUGUUAGAUGCAAAUGCAAGUUCAAUAGGUCACAAUCAUGGACAUGCAAUUCUAUGUGAAGGUUGUACGCUUUAUAUUAAAGAGAUGCAUGAUUCUUUGGGAAGAAUGAAACGUCAUCAAAUACUAUUUUUCAUGAUUACAUUUUGAUAUAAGUGUUGAUAUGGAAGGUAAAAAGUGUAUGUGUACAUUUAGUCAAUCUUGAUUAUGGAAGUGACAUGUGUGUGAAAUGUAUGAACUUUGAAUAUAGUAAUUUUGGAAAGGUGAAGCGUGUAAGUGUGUGUUGGCAAAUGUAUGAAUUGUAAAAGUGAAAUAUGUAAAUGUGGUAAAAGUAAAUUAUGUGGAUUUUGAAAAGGUAUUGUGUGAGAAAGAUGAAAUGUGAAAUGUUUUGUGGGGUAAAGUGUGUGAACUUUCGAAUGUUGAAAUGUGUGGAUUUUGGUAGAGAAACAUGUGUAUUUGAGAAAAAUAAAAUGUAUGUGUUGAAAAGUAAAAUGUGAGAAGAAUGAAAAGAAAGUUUGGAUUGUGAGAAAUGAAGUGUGGGUAUGUUAAAUAAUGUUCUAAAGUAUAAAAUUGUUGAAAGUUAAAGUGCUUGUGUUGAAAGUGAGGUGUGUAGGUUGAAUGAUAUUUUAAAAUAUAUGAUUGUUGAAAAUUGAAGCGUUUGUGAAAAGUAUAUUUUUUUGUAAGUGUAUGAAUUGUGAAAGCGUAAUGUAUAAAUGAGCAGAAGUGAAUGUGUAUGUUGAAAAGUAAAAAUGUUUGUGCUAAAGAGUGAUGGAUUUUGGUGAUUAUUUAGAAGCGAAAGCUCUAUUUCUCUUAAUCUCUCUCUUUCUCUUUCUCCUUCUCCUUCUUCCUCUUUCUUGUGUCUUGGGGUGAAUUUUGAAAAGAUAUACAAUAUUCUUUCAAAAGUGAAAAAGUCAAAAGGCAAUCAACUGAAUCUGUGUGUAAGUUCAAAAAAAGGUAUGUUUGGUUUUAAAUAAUAUUUUUCAAUUAUUUUAAUUCUAAUUGUUAAAUGUGCUUCUAAUCUCUGCUUUAUUUUCUUUGUUUGCAUGAACUGCGAGGAAUGGUUCCGAUCAAGUGAACAAAAUGAAAUGAAAUAAGUCAGUCGCCUCUAUCAAACCAGGUAGAGGUGCUAUGGUCGGGUAUCACCAGACAUUGACUCCAGUAUAUCAGUGGUGGGUGAAUGGAUAUCUAUCUCUUUAUAAUGGGGAUCUAUGUCCACCAGUCUUCAGGUCUCCCUUAAAGGUUUGGAAGAUAUAUUGGACAAACAAGUCAUUUGUGCAAUAUACAAACUUCCAAAUGCUCAAAAACACAUUCCUGGACCAUCGUCAGGAGUUGUAUUCCCUAAAAAGUUUUGGCAUUAACUUGGAGGUGAAUUACUGUCAAAGGGUUUCUAGGAGUAUUACUUGGGUGAAGCCUAACACUAAUUCUUUUAAGUUAAAUGUGGCUUGUGGUGGUUUGGGCACUACUGUUGGUUGUGGUGGUGUCUUUAGAGAUCAUAAUGGCAUCUACUUGUUGGGUUUUAUAGGGCUGAUUGCUAAUGGUGAUGUUAAUUAUGCUUUUUAUUAUGCCAUACUUCAUGGCUUAAUCCUCUAUGCUAAUCUUCAUAUCAGUAAUGUGGUGUUAGAGGUGGGCUCUUACUUUGAUUACAAUUUUAUUAAUCAUAAGGAGGAUAGGAUUUUCCCUUCUUCUUUGUUUUACAUUCGGAGGGACAUUAAGGAUAUCUUGAAUACCCUAAACUGCUCUUUUUCUAUCAUUGUGGAGGAUGGGAAUGUGUGUUCUCAGUCUAUUGCCACUUUAAGUUAUGAUUUAAAUGGUAUGACUGUGCUGGCUUUUUCUCAGUUGCCUAUUUGUGUCAAAAGACCUAUUUAAUCUAGACCAAAUUGGAUUAUCUUAUGUUAAGAAAUAGCUGCUUCGUGUUCUAGUGGUGGUGUUUUUGGUGCUGCCUUUUAUUUUUAACCUUAUUGCUUUUCUUACUUCUAUUUUGUUGCUAUCAUGUUUUUUGGUUCGGUGCCAUGGGACUUUUGUAUCCUUCUCGGUCCUUCACUGGCUUUAUUUUUUUAUUGGUUCUUAUGGUGUUGAGGGUGUUCUUUUCGGUUGUCUCCUAUUCAGAUUUAUGGGGGCUUAUUUUUCCCUACCUUGCUGUGGCAUGGGUGCUCUUUCUCCUUGUGGGUUACUCCCUGGCCGUUUGUUGGGGUGUUUUUUUUUUGCAUUUUCUGGCUACUAUCUUGGCUGUGGUUUCCUUAAUUUUUGUUAUGUUUUCAUCCUAGUUCACUUUGGUGGGGAGUGCUCGUGCUGGAGCCUUACUGGGUGUACUAGGUUGAGCAUUGAUUAUAAUUUUCUUUUGAAGCUUAACCUUUUUGUUUCUCUCUUUCCUCUGAAUCGGACAGUGCUAGUUUUGGUUACUUGUGGGGCCUUCGGGUUGUUGGUUUUCUGGAGGGGAUAGUUGUUUGGCCUUUUGGUUGUUGGGGUGUUGAGGUCUUCUGGUUGCUGGAUGGUUAGGUUGGUGGGGUUCUAGAUGAGGAGUUUGUUCCUGUUCGGGCUUGUUGCUAGCCAGCUAAGCUUAUUGUAUUAGAUUAUCUCUACUAGAUUUGUUGUUCUUCUGGAUGGGUUGGAUUUGGUGUUGGCUUUUGGGUGUUUUUUUCCUGGCAGCUUUCGGUUUAGUUUGCGCUGGAGUUUGGAGGGGAGGUGGUGCUGGCUGGGGCUCUUUGGUGUGAUGGAGCGGCAUAAGGUUCUGCCUUGUGAUUCUUGUGAUAUUCCUUAUAACCUGAGCUCUAUAUGCCCGUCCCCUCAUUGCUUGAGCUGCCUAUCCUUUAGCUUGUGGAUUAAUGUUUGGUCCUCCACCUCCUUUAUUAUUAAUGUGCUAGGUUCUUGGCUUUGUAUUAUUGUUGUUGUUCUUCUCAGAAGUUGCUUCUACCUGGAUACUUUCUAUUGGGUUAUUUUUAGAUUGUUGGGCUAUUCUAUUUCCUAUUGUGUUGGUAUUGUCUAUUUCCAUUUGGUUUUUUGUUCUAUGGCCAGUACUUAUGGGUGGUGGGCUUUGGUGGUUCCUAUUUAUUGGCAGUCCUUUGGUUGGUAUAUGAUUUACAGGUGGCUCUCCUACCUCCUUUUGGGCUUAUUAUUUGUUUGGAUAUAUUUGGUGCUCUGCUUUCUAUUUUGCAUAUUUCUUUUUUGUGCAGGUCCAUGUAUUUCAUACUUUUUUGGACAAGGAGCUCAUGUUGAUCGACAUUUCUUUGCUGGUCUCCUUUUUUGGGUGCCCUUUCUUGGGCACCAUAGAUUGUACUUAGGUUAUUUUGUACUCCUGUGUAGUAGGGAUCUUGAGCUCAUAGGUUUUUGGUUUUUUGCUUUGUAGCUCUUGCAAGCAGUAGUAAGCUCGAGGUCCCUUUAAGGACCCUGUAAUCUUGUUUUUAAUCAACGCAUAGGCCCCUUUGUUGGUUUCCCC